AUGCUGCAGCCGACACCGACCGAGCACGACAUGCAACGAGAUGCUCCUGUCAUUCUUCCACCUCUGACUGCUGACGAUCCUUCGCCGUUACUACCAGCUACAACUAAUACCGUGACGCUCAUGCUACAUGGAUCUAUGUCCCAGAUGUCACAACUGUCAUCAUCAUGCCGCCUCAAGAGGAAAUUCUACGUUACUGAUGUGAUACAAACAACUUAUUUACACCGCUGCCACCUUUCCUUGGUAGUUCCAGACACUUCAUUUCUGUACCACUGCAUAACCAGCCGCAUUCCAGUGCCGCUUGCUUUGCCACCCUCUUCACUACUUCCGCAAUGUAUGACCAACAUAUCUGCCGUUUCUGCUUCGACAAGUGAGCAUCUUUCCACUCCGGCACACAACCGUGCAGCAGUUUCGUGGAAGCAGCUUGCAGCCUUACAGCUCGACCGCAGCGCUGACAACAAUAGCACACAAGCAGCUCCAGUUCCAUCGAACUGUGUCCCCUCUAUGCCACGGACCAGUAGUUCAUCCGCCGAUUCGACUUCUUCACGUUCACAUUACAUCUCAUCGCCUUCCUGCUCUGACCACGGUUUCGCCAACUACGUCCGCCUUUCACCACCUCUCGCCGUCACCAUGCCUCAUGCACAGCACUCACGGCUACGCCCCCCAACAUUCGAUCACGGCUGUUUUGCACAUCAAAACACCGACACCGUCAACUCCGCUCGGAACAUUCUGCCAUUUAAUGCUGUAACACACUCACCGUCUACUGACUCUGAAGUGACACUUCCGUCUACACCGAAGUCAUCUGCCGCCAGUGUCAGUCAUAUGCAGCUUGCUGUUUUCUCCCCUGCUGUGAUAUCAAGUGCCUCUAUAACUCUGUAA